AUGCCUCCUGUUCGCGCCGCAAAGAACAAAAAACCACCACCUGAAGGCUUCGACGACAUCGAAGACACACUCCUCUCAUAUGCCAACAAAAUGCGCGACGCCCAAUCCGCAAGCACAGAAGGCAAGAAGAAGCACGAGACAUUAUGGCCCAUAUUCCAAAUUUCGCAUGCCCGCUCACGGUACGUUUACGACCUCUACUACACAAGAGAAGCAAUAAGUAAACAGCUGUAUGACUGGCUGUUGAAGAAUGGCUACGCAGACGCAAACCUGGUCGCGAAGUGGAAAAAGCAAGGGUACGAGAAGUUGUGCUGUUUACGCUGUGUGCAGACUAAGGAGACGAACUUUGGUGGAAGUUGUAUAUGUAGGGUACCGAAGGCAAGCCUAAGAGCAAAAGAGGGUGAAGACGAUACAGGUGGUGGAGGAGUUCAGUGUGUGAAUUGUGGUUGUCGAGGAUGUGCCAGUAGUGACUGA